AUGGAGUCUGCUAGCCCCCCAGUGCCCGUGGCCAACGACUAUCAGAACACACAGGAAGGCAUUUGGCCAAAUGGUCCUGUCCAGCUCGCCCGUGGCCGUCAGGCGAAGGAUCCCAACGCGAAGACCAUCGCAUACCAGGUCACCAGCAUCGAGGACUUCGAGUCAUCCCUCCGCGACUACCUCAAUCAACCACAGGACGCGCCCGAGCAUACCGAAUGCCAGUUCACCUUCUGGAUAGGCGCGACCUUUCUGGUACAGGCACCGCAGCCUGCGGCCAACGCGGGCGCGUCUCAACCUCAAGCUCAGGCGGUUCCGCCUCAGCAGCACUCAUCCCAACCUCCCCCGCCUGGGUACCAACCUGCCGGGCAGGUGGCCAACGGAGUCGGCCAGUAUGGCGGCUCUCACAACUAUCAGUCCGUGUCUGAUCCCGCCAUGGCGUUGACGAUGCCGAAUUUCCCUUCAAACGACGCGUCGAUGGCAAACAACAACAAAACAAAAGGCGCGAAGGGCCAGGCGAACGCGAAGGACAAGGGACCGAAGAUUACCAUGAGCAUUAUGCAAGCUCUGCAGCCGACGACCGAUCCGAAGGAAAAGAUGCGUAAUCAGAGAGCCAUCGCGAAGUGUUGUAUAGACACCAUACAGAGGAUUGAUGGAUACCGAUACAGCUUCCACAACUGCUGGAAUAGCAGGGAAGACGAUAGCUUCCGCUUUUCGUACUACUGUAACGACUCGCUCCUGAAUAAGGAUCGAGCCGCAAAUGGCAAAGGAGCAAAGCUCGGGAAGAGAGCGACGAAACCAGUCUAUGACUGCAAGGGCGUGCUCUCCGUCAAAUUUUCCGCCACGAAGAGCAGUCUUGAUGUGCAUUACAAACACGUACCCGUUCAUAAGACAUACGAGGAGCGUGCACCACCUCCUCGCAAGGACUCGAAACGGCGCAAAUUCUUGGAGCAAGCCGAUCCUGACGCGCUUGUCCGAUUAUCCAAUCGACCACGAACGGCUAAGUCUGGAGAGGAGUCUGAACCCGAUCCAGCACCAAAGCCGAAAAAGAGAAAGAACAGGAAUUCGGCGGCAGCAGUUCCAUUGGCAGCCCCGCCUGUGAAGAGUACCGAGGAACCCAAAACAGCGGCUAAUUCGAUCGAGAGCGACUUGAGAGCUCAAAGCCUUCGGUCUUUGUUAGAGUUGAUCCAGACUGACCCUGACCCGCCACCGCCUCCUCCCCCUCCUCCAGCUCCUGUUGCUUCGGCAAUGCCAGUACCUGUCCCAGAACCUCCUCGUCCUGGUCCCGCUGCGGCGCGUAAGGAUGACAAGUCUAAACAAGCAAAACAGCCAAAACAGCAAACUCAGUCCACCCCUCAACAGAACAAAAAGAGGCCCAGGAACAGCUGUGAUGUCUGUAAAGCUAAGAAGACAAAGGUAAGUUCAACAUGGCAAAUCUCCACUUCCUUGAAAUCUACCAAUUAUACCAUAUACUCCAUAUAUGGCGGAUUGCUAACUUAUUGA